AUGGGCUGUGUUUAGUAAAAACAAAGCAAAAGAUAGGAUGCAUUAUAUGCCGACUAGGCUGAUAAAGAUAAAGGACCAAAUGGAAUCAAUUCUUAGUAAUAAACUGAUCUAAUUUAGAAAAACUACUCCCCAAGAAAAUAAAAAGGAUGUAUUCCAAAUAAAACUUAAUCCUAUUAUGUAAAGAAGAUUCACUCAAGAUCAAAGAAAGCAAUCAGACGAUUGAUUAUCGAUUUUUAUUUAUCAAUUUUCAUCUAAAAGUAACUUCUCUUUCUAUUUAGAGGAUUUCUAAUCUACUCAAUCAAAAAGCCAUAUUAAAUGUGGUAAAUAAGUAGAAUUCCAAAAUUCAGUCUUAUUUAAGUAGCAUCCUUCAGAAAUUACAGUCCAAAUAAAUUAUAAUUAACUGUUUAACUAAAUAUCUACAUAAAAAAACCAUAAUAUUAAUGUAUAUAAAGUAAUAUUAAUCAAAUAUAAACUCUAUUAUAAUCCAUACUUUGA